AUGCCUCCUAAUGGCGGCAGCAUCCACUCCACGGUUUUGGUAGAACAGCAGAAGAAGAAGGGACAGGAAGACGCAUCUCAGUGGGCAUCUGCCGAUUUGGGAAGCAAUGAGAGGAAACAGAAGUUUUUACGGCUGAUGGGCGCCAGCAAGAAAGAGCAUACUGGCCGUCUUGUCAUCGGUGACCACAAGUCGACCUCCCACUUCCGAACCGGGCAGGAGGAUAGGAAGAUCAACGAGGAGCUGGAGAUGCAGUACCAGCAGGGCAUGGACGGGAAGCUGUCGGGUCGGAACCGGAGACACUGUGGCCUGGGUUUCAGUGAGCCGGACCCGGAGCCGGAGUCCACUCCCUGUCCCCCAGCCGACGGCCACACAGAGGACAAGCCGGACAAGUCCCCCGGGCAGGAGGCCCCCGCAGAGGCUCAGGACUCGGACAGCGACUCCAGCCUGGAGGAGGACUCCCCGGAGCCGGACCAUUCCAGCUCGGACAGCUCGGCCGAGGAGCGGAAGCACGAUCACAAAACGGCCUCUGUCCAGUCGGCGUAG